GGUUAUCGAGUGCAUUUUACCGGCAGAACUUGUUGUUUUUCGCCUUAUAAAAGAGAGAAUGCGUUGAUAUAUUUUACCAGUCUGGAGCAAUGGGUCUUGCUACGAAUGUGCUCACCGCCUUGCUGGUGUUCAUCGCUGCAGCAAGUGCGAUACCAGCACAUUUUCCUCGUGGAAAAACCUUGGUUUAUAAAUAUUAUGGUGACAUAAAGGCAGGAACUAUAGAACUGGCACCAUACGCAUCUCAAUUUGGCCUAGAAAGUAUCCUUUAUAUAAAACAUGACAUUAGUGAUCCAACACUGAAAAAUGCUUACUAUGUAACACUACGUAACUCUAAAAUUGGUCUGCAUAAUGGCAUGUCAAUUCAUUAUCAGAAGGUUGUUAAUUUCCAUCCGAUCGUUGAAUCUGCUAAGGCGCUUGAAAAACCAUUUUUGGUGGUGUACGAUGAGAACGGCAAGUUCCAAGGAGUGAAGUUCCAAGAUGAAGAACCAAGAUGGUCGAAAAAUAUAAAGCAAUCUAUAGCUUCGAUACUUCAACUAGACCUUUCAUCUUUACAACUACAGACGCAACCCGUGAAGUCACACACUUUCGUAACACCUGAGAAUACCAUUCAUGGUAACUGUGAAGUUGUUUACAAUGUCAAUCCGAAAGAUCAGCAGAAUCCUCAAUCCAAUAAUGUUUUCGUCGUCACAAAGUUUUACGAGCCAAUGAAUUGUACCAACUUCGUUCAAAAAGUUGUCGAUCAAGUAGAAUGCGAUAAAUGUUACGUCGAAUCAGAGAACGCUAUGACUACAGCAAGCCGAAGAGUUUUCGAGAUAAUAAAUCAAGGACAGGAAAUAAUUAUAACUAAAUUAAUUGGCCAUGGUGUCAUAAACUAUUUCCCUUGGCAAGCUAGAUCUGAAGCUCAUUACCUAUUGAACAAUCAAACUUUAAUUCUGGAGAAUGUCGUGCCUAUAACACAAAUAGUUUUGCCUGUUGUUGAUUUCCAAAAAAUUUCUCUUGUACGCGACGUUACCUUCAAGCUUUCAGACAAUUCGGAUAUAAUUACUAACCAAGAUCUUAUUCAAGAAAGGCGUAAAUUUAAUUCUGAAUCACUCAUUGCAAAAUUGAAGAAAAUGUUGAUCGAAGCAUCAGAUUAUCUCGAAGAAAAUCAUAUAGAGACGAAAGAACCUGAUUGGAAACAUGGUCAAACGAUCAACAGAAUUCAUCAUACGAUGGCGAGUAUGGAUCUUAAAUCGCUCGAAGAAGUAUUUCAUACGAUACAAUAUCCAAAGACUCCAAAAGAUGUUACCGUCAGAAACAUCUUCCUCCAAAUUGUUCCAACCGUUGGUACAGCCGACAGUUGCAUUUUCGCAAAAAAUAUUAUCUACCAACAAAAAGUAUCUGAUCUCGAUGCUAUUAUGAUGCUCCAUAAAUUGCCAAUGUACGUGAAAUCACCAAACGAACAACUUCUUGCGGAUAUGGAAGAUCUCAUCGAAGUUAAGCCCGAUAUAAAUAUGGAUGUUAGAGUCGCUGGCAUAUUAUGUUUCUCCAGAUUGAUUCACAAAACUUUCAAGGACAAAACAAUAAUCUACAAUUCGCAAAUAGAUAAAUAUCUUAAAAAUAACUUUUACGAACAUAUUAAGAACGAAACAACGUAUUACAUGAAAAUGGUUUACUUGAUGGCCAUGAGAAACGUACAACUUAAAUAUAUUCAUCCAAUUCUGGAACCCAUAAUCCGUGGUGAUGAAGUCAUCUCCGAGAAACCUUAUCACAUACGCACAGCAGCUAUUUGGGCUAUUGAGAAAACGAUCCUGAAUGAUCUCCAUUAUGGUUACAACUUACUUUGGCCUAUUCUCGCGGACACCAACUUACCGUUGACCAUCAGAAUUGCUGCUUAUAAUAUUUUAAUUAAUCAAUUGCCACAUAUGGGACGUAUCAUGAAUAUUUAUUGGUUUAUGGUUUACGAGAAAAACGAACAUCUCUACAAUUACCAUGUGACGACCAUCAAAGGUUUAUCAAAUUCCGUCGAUCCUUGUCUUCGUCCAGUUCGAGAAAUGGCUAGAAAGAUUCUACGCUUUACUAGAAUGAGAUUAGUUCAUGCUCCUCUUUCUGCUAAUUAUCUCGUGGAUUAUGUUGAUCCCAAGUAUGAAUUUGGCGAAACCGUAAAAACUUCUCUUAUCCUCAACGAAAUUACAGGAGUACCACAUGUUGGUUCCGUCCAAUAUACUUAUAUGACCGCACGCAAACGUGUCCCUAUUCUGGGAAUUUAUUGGAGCGUCAAUGGUAUGGAUGAAAUCAUAAACAUGAUUAAGAAACAAUUGGUAGGCAACAUUAUGGAAAUCAUUAAGGAUGAAAAUGUUGUGAAGAUUUUUAAGAAGAUAGUCCAGGACAUGCCAGUUAAUGAAAAUAUUUACGUGGAUCUUGCCAUAACAGUAAACGAUCAAGUAGUCCAGACUAUUCACUUGGAUAAAAAUAAUUGGAUGACAAUCUUGGAUAAAGUCAAAGAUUGGAAGAAUAUUAUUUCCAAUGCUAAUAUCAAUGUACAGGGUGUCGUAUACGACACGUUUUACGAAAUGUAUGUACCUACCGACAUGGGUCUUCAAGCUGUACUUACUACGAAAAUACCAGUUCUGGCAUCUGCAAAAUUGAAUACUGUUCCUACCGAAGAUAAAGUACCUCUAAAUAUGGAUCUCAAACUUGAUACUCGUUUGUGGAAACACGGUGAAUACGCUAUGUCGAUCUAUAAUCCGAUCGUUGAUGUUUGGCAUUCCAUUCGCAGAGUUACCUCUGCUGAUGUCGCUUUACCCACUGACAUGAAUAUUGUUUACAAUCACAAAACGUCCAAUCUCAAACUUACCUUCCAAAGACUACCAGUGAGCAAAUAUUCGAAUUCUGGAAUAGUAAGUUACGCGAAGAAUUAUGUUACUAUUACCGAAGAUGAAACAGAUGAAUUGAAGAAAAGUUGUGCAACUUGCCAGCAUUACGAAGUAGUCACUUUAGGUGAAAAAUAUCAAAAAAGUUAUAAGAGUUCUUACAAUUCUGAGGACUCUGGUCUUCAAUUCUUCAUGUCUAUUUUUGAUUGCGAGAGUAGUGUUACACCUACUACUAAUAAGAUCGAAUGGAUGCAAGCAUUCUCAUCGGAAAACAAAAAUACUUGGAAUAGCAAGCUUGUUCAAUUCGUCAUGGGAGUUCGCCAACAAUCAUGGCUUAAUUUCAUUUCUCCUGAAAUAGGAAGCUGUGGAUCUCUGAUCAGAAUUGAACCUAGUAUCGUAUAUCCAACUUCGAGCGUUGUUGUUAACUUGCGCGUUAACGUUAAAGAUUUAGAUCACGUGGUUGAUAAAAUGAGUUUUCUUAGCAGCAAAAGAAUAAACGUUCAUGGUACCCUCGAUGUAAUAGCAGCUUCCACGAAUACGACUACUCGUUCGUGGGACCUUAACGUUAACGUUGAAUCUAGUCCGGCUCAUAUUAAUAACAAUCUUAAAGUACAGAUUACUCGAACUAUACCAGGGGAGAAGAAGCUCAAAAUUUGCAUAGAUGGACAGAAAAAUUAUCCGGUGUUCACUGCCGAUUAUUUGAAAUUGAACACAGUGAAAGAAGAAACCAAUACUAAGGUUUCCUUUACCAUGGGUAUGACUGAUGACGACAAAUGCGUUCGCGACGAUAUGGUAAUAACGAUGAUGGUAAAGGGUGAAAUGAGCGAGGAACAGAAGAAACAGAUGUCUCACGAUAGCGUACAUGGUCUUUGCGUUAAAGACAUACAAAACCAACUCUUCACCACUCAGCAAGGAUACAUUCCUAAGACGUUGAACUGUUUACAUGAAACUAUUCUUUACUCGACUAUGAGAAAAUAUACCACGAAUAUUGUUUAUAAAAAGGUCCCUCAAAGUAUAGCAUCCAAAGUAGUCAUGCUUGAGGAUAUAAUUCGAGCUGCUUUCUUACCUCAAAUAAGUUAUACCACAAAUGUCGAACCUAACAGCGUAAAAGUAAUCGUCGAAUAUCCGGUAGGAACUGAGAAUAUGGAUGUAUCUGUUGUUACACCAAAUCACAGUUACGACAUUACCGAAGUACCAUUUGGUAAUAAAUUCUGGAACAUAUUGAUGGACAAUACUCACUUCUCAUUGGAUUUCUUGCAAAAAUUAUAUAACGAACAAUUAAAAAUAUGCACUGUAUAUCCUCAAGUCUUGCUUACGGCCGAUAAUAACUUCAUACCUUACACGUUACCUGAUCAAUGGGUUUUGGUAUCUGGCGAUUCUGUACAUAAAACUUUCGCAGUUUUCGUAAAGGUUGUUCAAAACAAUAUGAUUACUAAAAUCAUUGUUGGAGAACACAUACUUGAGGUUGUUCCAAAUGAAAACGAACCAUUGAUCAUGAUUAAUGGUACUGUAGUGGUCAAGCCAUUUGAAAAGGGUGUAGUAGAGCCUCCUAAUGAGUACAGUAAUUAUGUCUUCAAGAUCACCAACAAUAACGAACAUGUAAUCGUACAUUCUGAGCAUGUACCAAUUACAAUAUUGUGCACUCCCAACAGCAUGACUAUUGUUUUGGAUACUUCGCUUCAGGGUCAUUUCACCGGCAUGUGUGGACACCUAGAUAAUACGCAUAAAGAGAAACUUCCUAAAGUCUAUAGUACCGCUGUUCUUUGAACAGUAAAACAUAAUGUAUCUUGAUUAGCGAUAAUGUAUGUUCUAUAAAAUUUGCUUUGCCUGUUUACUUACGAAUGAAUUUAAAGAAAAAAUAUUAGAAUAAUAAGAAGUUAAUAGAAGAGAAUAAAUUAAGUUUUUAUUUCGUUAA